GAGAUGCGUGAGAGUUCAUGACAGACUUGAAGAAGCGUGAAAAACUCGCGCCUUCACAGAUUAUGAGUGAUACACAGCAGUGUGAAAUGGCCGCGCUGGUGGAAAAUGACACGAACUUUAUUCAGAAGAGAAACACCAGCACAACUCAAGACUCCCAGCAGCCGUCACCUUUAGCCUUGCUGGCAGCCACUUGCAGUCGUAUAGAUGAAAAUGAUUCCAUGGAGCAGCAGCCGCGACAAAGCCAACAUGGUACUAAUGGCUGGCACACCAUCCCCGCUGGCACGCAGGUCGUGACCAGUUCCAGCAGCACAGCCUCUCCUAUGAUGGGCUCAGAAGAAAAAAGCAGACAGGCAACUAGUUCUGCUGUACAACAGCAGUUUGUGAUGACGUCCUCACAAAACCUACAAGGUCAACAGGUGCUCACUACCCUGUCUGGUUUGAUGCCAAAUAUCCAUUAUCAGGUUAUCCCACAGUUUCAGACAGUAGACGGACAGCAGCUCCAGUUUAAUCCUGCACCUCAGGAUGUGUCAGCUGCAGCAACAGGUCAGUUUCAGUUUGUGUCCUCUCCCAAUGGCAGCCAGCAGUUCAUUGCAGCCUCCUCCAACCGAGCUGCUGGCACUGGAAACAUCUUAACCAUCCCGGGCCUGUUUCAACAAGCUAUGCCACUACAAAACAUCAGUCUGGGUAAUACUGUGUCGCCCAGUCAGACGCAGUUCCUCGCCAACAUGCCUGUUCCACUGAAUGCCAAUAUUGCCCUGCUGCCAGUGGGAUCUGGUGCUCUUGCUGAAGCUGCAAGUGAUGCAAAUACUGGAGGAUUGUUAGGAACAUCUCAACAUCUGCUCCAGAAUGUCUCCACUUCAACAGACUACAGUACCACCUCCACCAUCACACAGACGGCUGCUGGCGUUGCAACCCCGAGCAGAAAAGGUGUGGCAGGAAAACCUUUCCAGAAUGUUUCCGAUAUAAGAGAUGGACCAAAACCAGGUCAAGCUCAGAUCCUCAUCCAGCCGCAGCAGGUCCUGCAGACCGUUCAGCCCAGUACAAUCUCGGCCGGUGGUCAGGUGUUCGCAACGCAGACCCUGUCACAGGAUGGAUUGCAGAACGUUCAGAUCCAGACCAUCGCGAACGGCAGUCCUAUCCUUAUCCGCACCAUUGGUCAGAACGGGCAGGUGAGCUGGCAGACGCUUCAGCUACAGAGUCCCCCUAACACGCAAAUCACGCUGGCACCGCUGCCACAGCUCACACAGACUGGGGCUGCAGGGACCAUGCAACUCUCUGGUCUUCAAACCAUCAAUCUAAACAUGCUGGGCAACACAGAUCUGCAGAUGCAUCAGCUGCAGGGUGUUCCCAUCACCAUCGCCAAUGCAACAGGUGAUGUGGCUGGUACAGCUCCAGACAGUCUGGAAGACAGCAGCAUGCUGGAUGAGAAUAUGGAGAGCAGCCCAACACCCACCAGCAGACGUACACGGAGGGAAGCCUGCACCUGCCCAUACUGCAAAGACGGAGAGGGACGUGACCCCAGUAAAAAGAAGCAGCAUAUCUGUCAUAUCCCCGGCUGUGGGAAGGUCUAUGGGAAGACAUCUCACUUACGAGCACACUUACGCUGGCACACCGGAGAGAGACCCUUCGUUUGCUCUUGGUCGUUUUGUGGGAAGCGUUUCACACGCUCUGAUGAGCUGCAGCGACACAAAAGAACACACACAGGUGAAAAGAAGUUCUCAUGUCCUGAGUGUCCCAAACGUUUCAUGCGUAGCGACCACCUGUCCAAACACAUCAAGACCCAUUUGAAUAAGAAAAGUGCUUCCGGUGCUGCAAGCACCAAUGACAACAGUGGCACCACUGUGGCCGCCACUGACAGCUGCACUGCAGGUGAUGCUACGACUGAUCAGCAAACUCUCGUAGCCAUGGACACGCUGUCAUCAGAGGGGUUUGCGCAGUUGGCGCCCAGUGGCAUCAGUGUCAUGCAAGUCACAGAUUUGCAUUCCAUUAAUCUGAACAGCAAUGGUUAUUAACGAACGCUGGAGUGUGUUUAGUGUGAAUGCGCUGCAGAUUGUAGUCAUUACAACAUCUGAUAAAGCACAGACCCGAGUGCGAGCAACAGCCAUGACGGAUGAUUUAAGAGCUAGAAUGAGAUGUGAUGCACCUCGAAGGUGUUUGUUUACCUCAUCCUCGCUGAUACUCCUGAAUCUUUCUUUUCUUGCAUCCCUCCUAUGUGUAUUCUGAAUCCUUUCAGCUUUCCUUUUCCCACCAUUAACUGAUACCUUGAACUUAAAUCAUGUUGUGCUUAUCUAGGUUUCACUCAGUGGCCCUCUUGAAGUCCAGAAGAAAUUAUCAAUUGGGUUACAACAGUACAACUUGAGAGUUGGAAACUGAAAUGUCAUAGUUGUCUUUUUUCAUCUUUAAUAGUGUACUCAUAAGCCAUCAUGCUCUCAUGUAUUGACCACAGGAAAAAAAAUUUGAUACAGUUUUGCUUUGUUUUUGUACAUAGGGAAAAAUAACUUAAGUAUGGAACAAUGUAAAUUCUAAAAUUGCCUUUGUUUUGUGAAUGUGUAUAUGAAUUCUACCUUAAGUUUGUCUUAAGCUUAAAUGUCACAAUUUUUAUAUUAUGUAGAUCUUCUAUAACUUGCUUUUAUUUUUUGUAUUGCUUUAGUUUUUGUCCUCAAAUACAAUACAAUACACACAAGCUACAGUAAAUAUGUGCAAUUGAUUAAGGCUAAAUGUUCUAGUUUUCUUGGUCACUUUGGUCUUAAUCAGUAAAUUAUCGGGAACAAUUUUCACCAGUUAAAAUCGAAAUGCCUUAAACUCUGCAUUCCAGAAGUAUAUCUUAUGACUGAAAUAAAACCAUAGCUUUUCACUUUUUAUAAUAUGUUAACUCUGGUGACUCAUGGUCUUAGUCUUGGUGUUAAGCAUUUGUUAUUAUUAAAUUAGGAAUAACUACAUAAAGACAUUUAGCAUUUGUAAUUUAAAAUGUAACUUCUCUAUAUGUUUGAAGUGAUAUUUCACAUGCAUUAACAUUUUGCGGUAGUUGUAUCAAUGUACAUGAGAUUGUGUGCCCCCCUUUUUUUUAUAUACUUCCUAAAUUUGUGUGCCCCCUUUUUUUUAUAUACUUCCUAAAUGACUGAUGAGGACAUGUUUUGCAACUUGUGAUCACCACUAUAAGAAAAGAUUUUAUAUUCCCACUGUUCACAUUUACAUUGAUAAGAUUGAUAAGGGCAGAAACUAGUAGUUCCCAUGAGGUUAUGUUGAACCCCUUAAAAAUGGACAAAAUUUACGUGCAAUGAGGAAAGCCCGCGAUAGCUCCCCCUAGUGCAGGGGUUGGCAACCUAUGCUGGCACUCGGAGGGGUAAUCACUG